AUGAGUAACUACAGCCUGAUUCGGCCCGGUCUGACAACGGCCAUCGUAGGGCAUCUGCCGGCCAUUAAAUCCCGGCUGCGCAAGAAAGUUCCCCAGCUGACUUUUCAGGAUGUACGCCGCGCCCGAAUCCCAUUCUAUGAAGCUUUGGCCAGCGACCUGUAUGAAGCCGGUUACGUAAAUGCUGCCUAUCUGAUACUGCAAUUAGUUGAAUAUGAGCACGACUACGUGCCACCAACUUCCGAUCAGUCGAUCGAGGAUAAUCGCAUGAAGAACUCGAAAAGGUUACUUAAUUUCCUUUACAAAUCGCUGCGGGAAACUGAAGGAUAUAAAAUCGAUCAGCAGAACGAUAAUGAAAUCGAAAAUCUGUUGAAGAUUGGACAAUCAUUUGAAAAGGAUAAGCAUAAGCGCUGGAUUGCCCGGCAGUUCUUUCUAAUUAGUUUGGAUCGCUGUAAAGAUUGCUGUUUGGAGGCAGGUCGAGUGGGAGCUUUGUCAAAUUAUCAUUAUGGCAGAUUACUUAUCGCUACCGGUCAGCUAGAGGAGGCUGUCGAAGUGCUGGAAACGGCAAAAAGGUCGUGUGUCAAUCAAAACUGGGUUCUGGAGCAAAAGAAAGACAUAAUCGGAACGUCGCCGUUGAUCAACGGCAUUCUGCAGCAAUUAUUCAUUGGGUACUCUAAACUAAGCGAAAAAUUCAGGAAGUCAGAUUUGGAAAAAUUUGAACUUUAUAUGCGGUUGAGUCACGAGGUUGCCGUGAACUCAAAGUUGGACCAUGUUUUGUGUGACUCUUAUUUAAAUUAUGGCGAUUUUUUACUCAAUCAGGGAGUACCUCGAGAAGCUUUGAACUGUUACAAGGAAUCGUCAAAAAGAGCGAAAAGUAUUCACGCUGUCGACAAAGUUUGCAAAACUAAAAUUCGAAUGGCAGCUGCGCAUCGCAGAUUGAACGAACCAAAGGAAUGUGAGCACUUGCUGAAAUCGGUAGAUAAGUUAACUGUACAUGAUAGGUCGACGGAAUGUUAUGCGGAACUAAAACUACUGGCCGGUGAGAUUAAUUUCGAAAGUGGUCGUUUGCAGGAAGCAAGCAAGGAUUUUGAGACUGCCCGGUGUGUUUAUCAGAAUCUGAAACAGGAGGACAAAAUGAUCCAAGCCAGCAGUUUUGGAGCACUUGCCACCGAAAGGAAGGGUUUCGCAGAGUUCGUGAAUUUGGUUCGACAAGCGGAUUUCCACGGACGUCUCUCUGAUAAUGAACAGCUUUUCAAGCUGCUACGAUGGAGCACGGAUAGAGUUCCUCUGUGGUGA